UUAGUUUAUUAAAUUAUAUAGCAUUAUGCAAAAUUUAUUUAAGAUCCUUAGUACAUAACACACGCCAAAUGUUCCAUAAAUAAAUUUAAUAAACUCUGGCUAUGUUGUCAUGGCAAUCGAAAACAAAUUUCUCAUCGUGAUUUUUCUGAGUAGACAAAUAAAAAAUCAAGUUUGUUACUUCUUUAAUUCAUUUUCAAAAAGAAAACUGAAAAGAGAAAAGGCACUAUAAUGUCAAAGUCUAUUACCAGUCUGAACAUGAAGCCACAAGCACGGCGGAAAAAAUCGCGGAUUCAUUUGGCUAAGCCCAGCAUUCUGAAUACUGCUGUUACCGAACAAGAUGAGGUCGAUGCCGAGGAUGGAUCGGAUGUUCAAUUGAUAACGACCGGAAAGCUUCAUGUGAAGAAAUGGCGCGAACCCGAAUCUGAUGAUGAAGACAAUCCCGAAAACAAUUAUGAUAUCGCUGAAGCUUGGCGAAGUCUCUUUAGCUUGCCAUCUUGUCAUCAAAUAAUGCUGAAGGAAAUUGUGCAACGUCGUUUACAACUAUUGGUUGGGUUAAAUGUUACUCAAGAAUUCCCGUGGAAACAAAUAAAAUACAAAACCUUAAUAGACCAUAUGGAAAACAUAGAGUACGGCGAUUUUAUAAAUACCGCUCUUGAAGGAUGUAGCUUAGAGGAUCAUAUAUUGUUUGGUUACGCGCCUAUUUUAACGGAAAACCAAGACGAUAUUCCUGAGGGCGAUCCUUUUAUUGUUUUCCUAAACCCAACAGACGCUAAAACAGCCUUGACAGUAAUUCGCAACAUGGAAUUAUAUGAACGUUGGGUAAUUAACAAGCGCUUGAUAAAGAAACCACGUAGGUGGCUUUCAUUGGGUAGUGAGAAUGAAGUGAAUAUGACCAUAGAACAAACUCGAACAAUUCCUUUGGAGGUAGAAGUACAAAGCGUAUAUCCAUUAAAAAUACCCCAGGUUAAAGAAUUUUCUUUACGUAAAUCCUCGGAUGUAAGAGAUGGAUAUGUUGAGCUUUUGCCCAGCGAUAUGAUAAAAUUUGAAAACAUAACUCGAAGACGUGUAACUAUAGGUAUUCAAUCCGCUCCAGCUUUAAUUGAUUUGGAGCAACAAACGGACCCCACUUUUCCCACAAAUGCUUGGUCACAAUAUUUUUAUGAAAUAACUGAUGGAGAGGGAAUAGAUGAAACAUCUGAGGAAGAAGUCUCAAAAGAUCAAUUGCAGUCAUCACCAGAACCUCGAAUUCAAAAGUCCCCACCUGAACUUUCAUCAAAUAUUCGGCUUUUACUGGAAACCCUAGAAUUUAAUCAAAUUGACAUGUAUCGCAAUGACUACGCAUACAUUUGCAAUAAACCUAUUGAACACUACUCCACGCCGCAUUUGGAAGAAAUAUUAUGCUUUGCUAACAUCUCGAAGAGCUACGAACGCUACGUUUGUGGGAUUGAUUGGUACUCCACUUUGUCGGGAUUGAUUGUAACAUCUUACACUUUUAAUACUCCCGCUACUGUUGAAUUAAUAACACAACCUGUGGACGUAGUACAGCGAGCUGUGUUACAACCCAACCCUAUUUUGAUGUGGAGUUUCGCUGAUAAUUUAAACUACAAACUACAAUUCGAGUCGCCGCAAGAGAUAACCGUGCUAUCAUUUUGCCCGCACGACCCAAAUCUUUUAUUUGGUGGCGGUAAAAAUGGCCAAAUUUUAGCUUGGGACCUACAAGGUCGUGCAGAAAAGCUCGAUACUGAAGAGAUUCUCACAGCAGCACAAUCGAAGUAUCGUGUGUUAAUAGCAGAUUUUUUAAAAUGGACCAUACAGAUAAACGAGGAUGCUAUUGUACCGCCUGUGAUGUCAUCAGCAUUGGAAGUGUCCCAGAAAUCUGCUAUCACUGGUAUAUAUUGGCUGGGUCAUCACUUUUACGUAAAUUCUUUUGGCAAGACCCUAACUGAUCCCAAUAAAGAAUUUGUACAUAAAUUCUUUCUCACUUGUUCUGUGGAUGGAACGAUUUCUUUUUGGGAUUUGGAUUCAACGAACGAUAGGAAACUACAAGCUGGAACAUUGAGGCAUGAACAACCCAAAGCUUUGACACAGAGCGAGUCAGUCUAUAAAAAUAAAGUUAUAAAGCCUAUAUUUACAGUUGUAUUUAAUGAACCAAUAACCUCAUUAUUUUGCGAUUCGUCUGUAUUUCACUGCAAAGCUCUAGAUGGAGAAAGGAAAAGAAUUAAUUCUAAUAAUUUUUUCACAAUUCUUGAGCCAAUGGAUCCGAAAGAAAUACGACAGUCAGUUAUAACUUCCUCAUUUUAUGGACAUAUUGAAAGGCUGAAUUGGUUGGGCUCAUAUGCCGAUGAGGAAUGUCGCGAGACUGUCUCUAAAUCAAUAAAUUUUGCAAGAGUUCACGAUGGACCAGUAAUAGCUAUAAGAAAGAACCCAUUUUAUCCAGUUGUCUUUGUUUCUAUUGGUCGUACUAUAUUUGCCGUAUGGAAGGAAAAUUUUAGCUAUUCACCAGUAUUUUGGAGAAAAUGUUCUGCAGAUUUAACAGCUGUAGCGUGGAGUGAGUCUCGUCCUGGAAUGCUCUUUCUUACUCGUAUUGACGGAAACAUGGAAGCUUGGGAUAUUCUAGCACGUGACGAUGAUGCUUGCUAUAACGAUAUUCUGGGGGGUGGAAUAAUAACAGCCAUAUCGGAACAUCGACCAUCAGAACCUGAAAAACUACUAGGUAUCGGUGAUUACAAUAGUAGUUUCCGAAUGAUGAAGUUACCGCAAAGUUUUUACAUCCCAGAGCCUAAAGAAUUAGAGAAAGUUAAAGAAUAUUUUAGUAAAGAAGAAAGCCGCAAAAAAUCUAUACAGACUUGGGAAUACGUGUACUUCGAAAACAACCGUGAUGUAAUUGAAGCAAAGCGUCAAGCCGAAAUUGAUACAAGAAAAGAGGUGGAACGUCUGGAAAAAGAGUACUUAAUCAAUGCAACACGCAAGGUUAAGGACAAUGCAGAUGAUAAUAAAGAUGAAUCUAAGGCUCUUUCGUACACUGAACGAAUGAAACGUAUGUGGGAUGAUUUGAAUCUAAAUCGUUUGCUAAGCAUUUUAAUGUCGCGCAAACGUGUCGACGAAGAAAAAUUAGAAAUAGAAACUAGGCUAGAAAAAAAACAUUUAGCUUAUGAAGCUGCAAAAAAACAAUCGUUAAUUCGCAUCCAACAACGUGUAGCUGAAGAAGUAGCAGCGGUAAGGGCGAGGAUAUUACCACAUGAGAAAGUUGACAUGCAACGUAUAGAUAUGAUUAUUUCAUCUGUACGGGAGUUGAUGGAGACUGUUGAUGACUACAUUGAUAUUGAAAUUAUCUCAAAUGAAAUAGUAAACAAUUUUGACUCGUUUGAUACGUUGGGUUAUAUUGACAUUUUGCAUCGUGGAGAUCAUCGUCGCCGUUUGCUGAACAAAUCAAUUGGUGGAAAUACUGAGCGAAUAUAUUGGUAUGAAUGUAAGCAAGAUGAAGACCUCCUAGAAGAAUGCAAAUGGUGGUGCGAGAGUUUCCUCGAUGCUCAAGUAUACCAAAAAGAAGGUCAAGUUUUCGAUUUAAAUGUGACAAAUAAUAUUAGUGAGGAAUAAGUGUAUUGAAAUAAUUUCGACAUACUU